AUGGAAAAAAAUGAAAGUUUCCAGAGAAAUGAGUUUCCAGGCAUUUUGCGAUUAAACGCCCAUUCAAAUUUUGUAGAAGAUUGUAGCUAUUCAGCAGAUGGUUCAAAAAUCGUAUCUUGUAGUGGAGAUCAAACGGUACUGCUAUGGGAUGCACAAACGGGUCAAAAAGUGCAAACAAUCGGCAAACACGGGGCAGAGGUCUGGUCAUGCGAUUUUAGUUCAUUUGGUAUAUACAUUUGUUCAGCAUCCAGUGAUAAAACAGUGCGUAUUUGGGACCAACGCGUUCAAGGUGAAAUAGCGAAGUUCAAUGGUCACAGCAAAACAGUAUGGUCAUGCGCAUUUGACCCUAGCUGGUCGUCAUGGAAACUUGUGUCUGCGUCAUCAGACAGGACAGUAAAAGUUUGGAACUGGAAAACUCUUAGCGUCGAAAAGAACAUUGAAAACCAUCAGAAUAAUGUAGAUCAUGUUUCAUUUUCCAAAAAUGGGCAAAACCUGGUAACUUGCGGCCGUGACAAAACAGUUCAAAUACUUGAAGACUAUUCAGACAACUCCAAACGAGCAUUGAAAAUAUUAACGAAACAUAAAAAGCGAGUGCAUUAUUGCUGUUUUUUCGGAAUUGAUGAUGAGUUGGUAUUGUCGUGUUCCGAUGAUCAAACAAUUAAACUAUGGGACCGAAAAACGCUGAUCAAUACGAACACAUUCGUAGGCCACCUUAACAAUGUAUGGUGUUGUGAUACCCGACCUCUGGGCGAAAAGAUGGUUUUAGUAUCUUGUUCCAGCGAUAAAACCGUCAGGUAA